GUAGCUCAGGCGCAGCCAUAUCACUUGUGAUCACUUGUACCCCUUACAUACUGUAUCGUAAAAGUAGUUGAACUACACGUAUCUAUUUUUUAAAAUAACAAAUUACUUGUAUUGCAUUGAACAAUAAUUGUCUAAAAAGUGUAAAGUGCGACUAUUAAAAUGGCGGAUUUAGAUGAUUUUUUUGCAAAGAAAGAUCGUAAGAAAUCUAAAGGAAAAAAAUUUACGACCACCGAUGAGAUUGCCAAGAAACUUGAGGAAACAGGAAAACGUAUGGAAAAAUUAAAACUCAAAGAAAAACCGUCAAAUAUUGAAGAAGAGGACACACCAACUAUAGAACAAGAAGAUGAGGAAUGGCGGGAAUUCACGGAAGAACGAAAAGAUUACACAGGUCUGAAACUGGGAAAUUUACAAGUUAAUGAUAAAUUAUCCAACGGCAGCGAUGAUGAACGAGGUGGUGUCGAAAACAGUUCAGAUGGCGAAUCCGGUGAAGUUGGCUCCAAGCAAAGUGGACCAUGGAAAAAAACAGAUGUUCCAGUUGUUGAAGAAGAAGCUACAGCUGCUCCACCAGCCACCACUACUGAAAAGAACAGCACAAUAGAAACGAAGGUAUAUAGAACUCCACACCUUAGGAAUCAAUCAUCUGCACCUCAGAGUCAUAGAUCGCGCAUGAAAAAUGUUGCUCCUGAUAUACGCAGUGAAGAAUAUUUUCCAACGUUAAAUGCUAAACAACCACAGAGUGGAAGUGAUUCGACUGGUGUCUGGGGAAGACGGAAACGUGAUGAAGGAACUUUUGAAGAAGUGCGUAACCGAGGCAGUAACAGAUCAUACGGUGUGCCCGACUCCCAGUCGCAAACUCCAAAAUUAUCGCUUGACAACAAAUACGGUGCAUUAUCUCAAGACCAGAGCUGAAACCUUGAUGAUAAAUUAAAUUUUAAAAAAUCAUCAUCGAUUAAUCGUCACUUAGCUCUGUUUCGUAGCCCAGUCAUGUUUUUAUUAUCAUUAUCUAAUAUUUAUGUCAUAAUUGCGACAAUUAGUUGCAAACCUGCAUUUGUGCGUAAUGUGCGUAAAUUUAUGAUAAUAAAUAUUAAUUAUUCGACACACUAACAGUGUCUUAAUAUUAGCAAAAAAUUUAAUUAAUCUUUAAUUUUACUUGUUUUGUUUUAUUAAGUAAAUUUAAAUAAAUAGUGUGCAGUAUGCUCAGAACUUGAACUCACUUUUAAUAAAUAUAUAUCAGUUUCGACUUGAUCAUUCUUACGUGAUGCAAAGAUCUGUUCAUCCCAGAGAUCUCAUAAAUUUGAUGUAUAAUGAUAAUUAACAGUAAUAUUUAUAGUAACAAUUAAUCAAAUAAUAAUAUUUAUAAAAAUAAAGAGUAAAAAUUAACAAUAGUAGAAUAAAUACAAAUUACAAUUUGGAAGUACAGUUUUCUCAUUGCAGAAAGAUGUGAAUUAUGCGAUAGUUACAUAUUAAAUAUAAUUAUAAUUUAGGAUGAAAAUAAAAAUUUUUUAGGCAAAUUAUUAUGUUACUACGCGUUAUAGACAAAAGAGAUUGAUUGUAAAGGAUGAAAAGCAAGUUGCCGAGCUGGGCUUCGGGACAAAUGAGCGAUUUUAAGAUUAAAAAUAAUUAAUUGUAAUUGGUGCGCGAUGAAAGAUGAAUGCAAUAACUCAAAGUGAGUUGUCAUAUAUCAUUCGAAUGUGUAGAGAUGUUUGAAUAAAUAUAAAAAAAUAAUAAUAAUAUGAUAAUUAUAAAUUAUAAUGAAAGAUAAAUUAAUGCGACAGACAACUGUGAUUUACAAUCACAAAUUCAAUUUUUUUAACUUAUUAGUAUGUCUGUUAUUAUUUUUGUUGACGUUUGUUUUAUAAUUUUCGUUAGGUUAAUAUUUUUUAAAAAUCGUAAACUAAGGAUAUGGUGUAAAGAGAUUUGUAUAUGACCAUAAAAUAAUCGUCAUAAGAGCUUUUGAACAUUAAUAUAUAUACUUUACUACAAGAAUAAUUUUUAUUGAUUUUUCUUUGUGUGAUAUUAAGCCAAUUUUUUUUAUACCAAUUAUUUCGAAAUUGCCUGUAACAAUUAUCGUAAUCUAAAAAAUUAAUUUACAAAAAAAUUAUCAUAUUAAUGUUAUGCGAUUUUUAGUAAAGCUUUUUAUCAAUUUAUAUUCGUAUGCAACUUAUUUUUAUAAACGUUCCUAAGCUCUAUGGCUCUUAUUAUUAUAAGACAAUUAAAAAGCAACAAAAUGAUGAUUAACAAAAAAAAAACUAUGCAACUUUCAUCAAACAUGUUAAUGUCUUUAUAGCUGCUGCCUAUGGAAUUUUUGUUCGUAAUCAUAAAAAUUAUUUCUAUGGUCUUAUUUAGUUAGUAUCACAUCACAUAGCAAUUUAGUGACAAAAUAAUUAAUACCAUAAAUUCAAAGAAAAGUAAAAAAAAAAAAAAAGGUGAAU